AUGUCAGCUCAGGACGGUGCUAUGGAAGCUGGUCUCAUAGACAACGAAGAGGUCCCCUCACAGUCAUCGAGUCCUUCAACAGCCGGUGAUGAAAGCGAUCUUUUGUCCGGUGUUUUGCCCGCAGAAUUUCCUGUUAAAAUUGAAGAUACCCGUGAACCGGUUACCCUAUCUUGGAAUGACAUUAACGUGUCGGUGACGAUGGGGAAGCGAACGCUCUGGGAGAAACUCACAUGCAGAGGAACUGAGGGGACAUACACAAAGCAGAUUUUGACGCAAGUGAGCGGAAAGGUGAAGCCUGGGACACUCGUGGCGAUCAUGGGAGCGAGCGGCGCCGGCAAGUCCACUUUGAUGAAUGUCUUGGCGCAUCGCAACAUAGCAAAUAUGAAGGUGUGCGGGACAGUCAAGGUCAACGGUCGAGCAGUUGGACUAGACAUCAACACCAUCUCGGCCUACGUCCAACAAGAAGACCUGUUCAUUGGCAAGUUGACGGUCAGAGAACAUCUGAUUUUCAAUGCCUUGCUUAGGAUGGAGAAGCAUUUCACCAAGAGACAGCGACUAGAAAGAGUUGAGCAGAUUUUGGAUGAGCUCGGCUUACGGCGAUGUGCAGACACAUUGAUUGGCGUACCAGGAAGAAUUCGCGGCAUCUCAGGCGGCGAGAAGAAGCGGCUCUCUUUCGCAUCUGAGGUACUGACAGACCCUGCGAUCCUGUUUGCGGAUGAGCCGACGUCCGGACUUGAUUCAUUCAUGGCGCAAAGCGUGGUGGCGACGCUUCAAAACCUCGCCGCUCAAGGGAGGACCGUGGUAUGCACUAUUCAUCAGCCGUCAUCAGAGGUUUACGCCAUGUUUGACAGUAUUCUGUUACUAGCGGAGGGUCGAGUAGCAUACCUUGGCCCUACGUAUAAUGCAAUCUCUUCGUUUGCCGACAUGGGUUACUCAUGUCCGCCUAACUUCAAUCCUGCUGAUUACUUUGUGCAUACGCUGGCUGUUGUUCCAGGCAAAGAAGAUGAGAGCCACCAUCGCAUCAAGGAAAUUUGUGACAUCUACGACGAAAAGAUUGCGGCGAAGGACGGACGUGACUCGAAGAUGAGCACUACGAGUACAGAUUCAUUCAGUGAAACAGAUGUCAUACUGAAAACACCGUACAAGGCGUCGUGGUGCAACCAGUUCAGUGCAGUGCUGUGGAGGAGCUGGCUCAGCACUACACGGGAUCAGACCGUGUUUAGGAUUAGGGUCCUCCAAAACAUCGCGGUGGGUCUAAUCGCUGGGCUAAUCUACUUCCAGACUGUGGUGGACACCACGGGCGUGCAGAACAUUGCAGGCGCUCUGUUCUUUCUCAUCACUUCUACUUCCUUCUCAAACCUGGCCGCUGUCACAUUUGUUUUCCCGAUCGAGCUACCUGUGUUUAUACGUGAGCACAAAAACGGCAUGUAUCGUACGGAUGUGUACUUUCUGUGCAAGAAUAUGGCAGAGCUUCCAGUGUUUUUAUUAUCGCCGCUGAUUCUUGUCACCAUACCCUAUUGGAUGAUAGGUCUCCGAAGCAAUGGCCUCCGCUACCUACUUACCUAUGGCAUUCUAGCGUUGACGACAAAUGUGGCAGUCUCAUACGGCUAUGUUGUAUCGACUCUGGUAAGCACAGUACAGGCUGCUGGUGCAAUCAGUACGCCUUUGAUGCUUCCGCUUCUCCUGCUUGGUGGGUUCUACCUCAAAAACACCACGGUCCCUGUGUACUUCUUAUGGCUUCAGUACUUGUCGUGGUUCCAAUACGGAUUCGAACUCUUAAACCUGAACCAGUGGACAAACUAUGGUAACAUUGAAAACUGUAGUGGUGGUACAACUAACAACUCUACUGAGGGAGGGGUCUGUAUAGCAGAUGGCAAAGCAGCUAUCGCAUUCCUAGGCCUAAAAGAGAACAACUUAAUGAAAGAUAUCUACGCUUUGAUUGGCUUACUUCUCGUGUUUCGUCUUCUUGCUUUCCUCUUUCUCCUGCGAAGGGCCUAUAAGAAGCAAUAAACUCUGGAUGCCACUGUUUUGCCCAUGGUCUGCUUUAUUGUCGGGAGAUAUUUGAGAAUUAUUUGAGAAUAAUGAAGUUUUUCACUAUACAACCAUUUCAAAAUAGUAAUUCUUACUGUUAAGCCCUAGCCAAAUGAAUCAGUACAAGUAAAAACUUGCCUGUUGUUUGGUUAGGGCCUAAUAGCCUUUUCUUAAUCAUGAAGUGUUUGCGAUUUAGACGUGUAGCCAAAGAGAAUAGUUCAUGAUUCAUAACUGAAACAAUUUGUGCUAUUUUGCCACUGUAUGUGACUUUAGUCAGGUGAAGAAGCCACACACAUACCCACCCAGAUGGCAAUGCACAAUUAUCAAACGUUUUAUGUACAAUGGGUGUGACACUCCUCCUUUUAACCCUUGGCAUUUACUGGCCAGGAUGGCAAUGUAUCUCGCUAGUUUAGUGCAAUCUGAUUAUAGGAACAAUAAAUUAACAUGAUCAAAUUAAAACAGCAGUAUAGAAUUAAUAAAUUGUAUUUGUUGUCA